GGAUACAAAUACAGGUAUUUUUAUGGAAUUGCCAUAUAUUUUUCAGAACUUAAAAUAAACCCAAAGAGACUGGACCACAGAAUUUGAAGUGCUGGGUGCACAAAGUUGGAUUAACAAGUUGAAUUUCAAAUUUUUUUGAAAGGAGACAAUUGAGGACAGUUACACUCUGUAGUCCCGAGCCUUCUCUAAAGAUGUAUAACAGCACUCCACAAACCUCUAACGUCACUAAUACAAUAAGUGCUACCAACAAUCAUAUGAGCUGUGAUAAGAACGAUGACUUUAAAUACCCCAUGUACAGCUCAGUUUUCAGCCUGGUGUUUGCAGUUGGAUUUCUCUUCAACCUGAUGGCUGUGUACAUUUUUGGCUGUACAUUUAAGCAACGAAAUGAAACCACGACGUACAUGAUAAACCUCGUGGUUUCGGACUCCCUCUUCGUUCUCAGUCUGCCUUUUCGGAUCGUUUACUUCAUCAAACGCGAAUGGCUGUUUGGAAGCGUGCUCUGCAAGAUCUCCGUGGCCCUCUUCUACACCAACAUGUACGGCAGCAUCCUCUUCCUCACCUGCAUUAGCGUUGACCGUUUCCUGGCCAUUGUGCACCCGUUCAGAUCCCAGGUCAUUCGCACUAAGAGGAAUGCCAAACUGGCCUGCUGUGUGGUGUGGGUGCUGAUUCUUUCCGGAAGCAUACCCACGGGGUUCCUUUUGGACACCACGUCUCCCAAAAAUGUCAACUCCUCUGCAAAUUACUGCUUCGAGAACUACUCCAAGAAACAGUGGAAGUCGGAGCUGUCGAAGGUGGUGGUGUUCAUCGAGACUGUGGGCUUCAUCCUCCCGUUGCUGGUCAAUGUGUUCUGCUCGGUCAUGGUGCUACGGACACUGAAGAGACCGCAGACCAUCAGCCGUGGGGGGAGCAUCAACAAGAGAAAAAUCUUGCGGAUGAUCUUUGUGCAUUUAUUUAUCUUCUGCUUCUGUUUCAUCCCCUACAACGUCAAUCUGAUCUUCUACGCCCUGGUGCGGUCCAAUGUCCUGAAAGGAUGCCACGUGGAAAACGUGGUCAGAACUAUCUACCCCAUUGCUCUGUGCAUAGCCGUGACCAACUGCUGCUUUGAUCCAGUCAUAUACUACUUCACAUCGGAAACCAUUCAGAGCUCCAUCAAACGCAAGUCCACAGUAUGGCACAACGGCGCGAGGCUCUUUGACAGACUGCAGAUGGACAGUCCACAGAGUAGUCCAAUAACAACUCCAAAAAACCUCACCAUGACUACUCUGAGAUCAAGAAUACUUGGCAGUGAGUCGACAGUCUAAUGAACACUUUGAACUACCGAAUUAAGAUUACUGCUGGUAACACUGUGAUGGACGUUGGUGGAAAACGAGUGGUCUUCAAUAUCACGACAACCCAGUAACGGCUGCUCAUGAGGAGUCACUGUCAGCAUCUACUGGAAACCAAAGAGAGACUUCUGACACUAAUCACUAUUUAAGCAAUUCCUCUUAUAAAGGAGACAUUUCACAAUGCAUUGAUAAACGAUGAGUUAUGACUUUGUAGUGUAUAUUAGGGACUGACAAGUGUGUAAGUCUUGUCACAUGUAAGUCUUGUUAUUUGCAUGGUGCAGCUUUUCCACAUUAGACUUUGUUUUUGUGGUUUUGUUCCUCGGAGAAGAUUUUCUUUUUUUGGUAAAUUCUUCUUAGCCAAUGAAAAAACAGUAU